AUGUCUAUCUUUUACCGCGAGCUAUUACAUUUACUUGAGCAAAAACCCAACAACUUGGAAGGAUGCGAUCUGUCUGCUGUUCAUUUGUUUCAACGCAUUGUCCAAAGUCUACCACCAUUACCAACCAAGCAACAUGACUAUACCCGUGAUCUCGAACAUGCAGAGGCGUUGCUCGAUCUUGCUCAAGAGUCCAUUCUGUUGUAUCCCUACAAGAGCGUGCCUACUUGUUGGCGAUGUAUGAUAAUGGAUGCCGGCGUAUUGAAAGCCCUUUGCAUGCUUGGCCAAGAGGGUGGUGGUCAGCUCACGUUGGAUUGUGCAAGGAGGAUGAUUUGUGUCCUGGAUACGGUGGUUAUUAUCAGUGGGGCUCCUGGUCCACAACGUCGACACGUUGCAUUGGAAACGAUCCAAGGUCUUCAAGAUUGGCUUGCAAAAGAACAACAACAGGAGGCGACGAAUAGCAGCAGCAACAUCUCCCAUCUUACGACUUUGGACAUGCAUGAUGAUGACCCUAUCAUUUCACGUGAUCAUUCAGUACCAAGGCUUCCUGCUGUCCCUAGUUUUGUGGAUUUUGUUACAAGGAUUACAACAAGCGAGACACCCUUCAUCAUUCCCAAGGGAGCUAUUGACCAUUGGCCAGCAUUGGAGAAAUGGCGAUCAGUACCGUAUUUAAUAUCAGUGGCAGGCGAUCGUAUGGUACCUGUGGAAGUUGGCAGCAAAUACACGGAUCAAGAUUGGCAACAAAAGCUGAUGCGAUUUGAGGACUUUUUACGCACGUAUAUUUUACCCCAUGAUGAUGAGGAUCAACCCUCCGCUUAUUUGGCACAACAUGAUUUAUUUCAUCAAAUCCCUCGACUUGCCAAUGAUAUCGUGACCCCAGAUUAUUGUUUUUGUGAACCAGAGCCAUCCGAACUCUAUCCAGACCCACCUCCUGAUGUUAUCCAGAAUGCAUGGUUUGGACCCAAAGGCACAGUCUCACCUUUGCACCAUGAUCCCUAUCACAAUGUACUGGCACAGCCUGUGGGCAGGAAAUACAUUCGGCUUUAUGCUCCAUCCCAAACUGAAUACUUGUAUCCUCAUCAAGGCAUCAUGUCCAAUACGAGCCAGAUUGAUGUGGAGCAUCCAGAUCAAGAGAACUUCCCCUUAGUGAACAAGGCUGAAUAUCUUGAAUGCAUUCUUCAGCAAGGUGAACUUCUUUACAUGCCCCCACGAUGGUGGCAUUACAUCCGCUCCUUGUCUACCAGCUUUAGUGUCAGUUUCUGGUUCUAA